UACUGUUCACUUGCUGCAGCACGUCGAGGUUUCGGUUCAGUUUCUCUUGAACAGACAAGGACAAAAUCCAUCAUGCCUUUUGUAUACAACCCAUACAAAAACCUCUGCACCGUUGGCCGUUUCCCAGCCAUUAAACUGCAGGAGGACGACUGCAGGAAAGCAGCAUGCUACACACCGGUUCACACCAACCCUUGCGUUAACCCAUGCACAAGCUCUUGUGUCAAACUUAAUGUUAACCCCUGUACCAACCCUUGCUCUAAACCUUAUGUAAACCCUUGGGUAAACCCUUGCAAUAUCCCUUAUGCUUACCCAUAUGUCAACCCUUGUGUUAACCCAUGCGUCAACCCUUGUGUUAACCCAUGCGUUAACCCAUGUGCUGCUCCAUACACUAAUCCUUGCAACUUUGUCACUCCAUGUCAUGAUUAUGAGAAAAAGGAAGUCGUCAUCAAGGAAUUUGUGGAUGACUGUACAAGCAAGCGAGUCUGUGGAGUCGAUGAUGCUGUUCUCCGGGUGUGUAAAGUUGACCUUCUCAAAUGCAGGACCGGACAGAAUCGUCAGGAGCAUCACACACAUUGUUUCCUUGAUGAUCAUCUCAUUGUCCGCAGAGGACAGUGUUUCAACAUGUGGGUUGAUCUGUGCCGUCCUUUCAAUCCCAGUUGUGACAAGCUUCACCUGGAGCUCAAACUAGGUCACAUCCCAUCCAUCCGGGACGGCACUUAUGUGAUCGUUCCAAUAGUGGAAGAAUUCAAGAAAGGCUGCUGGGGGGCAAAAAUUGUGGAACAAGGCCAAAACCGAAUCAAACUGUGUGUCCACUCUGUUCCGACUGCUUGCGUUGGACGAUACCAGCUCAGUGUCAUGACACACUGUCCAGGAGGCAGAUUCACUUUACCUUAUGUUCCUGAAAAUGACAUUUACAUGCUGUUCAACCCCUGGUGUAAAGAUGACUGUGUGUACCUGAGUGAUGAGGCGGAGAGAGCUGAGUAUGUGCUGAAUGACAUGGGCAGAAUCUACUAUGGAACUAAGCAGCAGAUUGCCUGCAAAACAUGGAAUUUUGGUCAAUUUGAGAAGGGAAUCUUGCCUGCAUGUAUGUAUGUGCUGGAGAAGAGCUGUACACCUUGCUCAGGGUGGGGAAGCCCCAUUGACAUUUCCAGAGUGGUAUCUGACAUGGUUAUUGCUAACAAAGACUGUGGUGUGUUGGUGGGUAACUGGUCAAACUUCUAUGGAGAUGGAACUGCUCCUACAUCCUGGUGCAGCAGCAGUGCCAUCCUGAAACAGUACUACAAGUGUGGAGGAAUACCUGUCAAAUAUGGACAGAGCUUGGCCUUUGCUGGAGUCACCAACACAUUGUUGAGGUGUUUGGGCAUUCCUGCUCGUCCAGUUUCAAACUUCUGUUCUGCUCAUGACAUUUGCAUCAAUCUAAAAAACAAAUGCAGCUCCCCUCGUAGCGUCACCCUCUACAGCCAGGCUGCAGCCAUGUACUACACCGGAGUCAGAAAGACCUUCCUGAAGAGAGACCAGACAUGCAUCGAGCUCAAGCCCUCUGAAUGCAAACCUCUGGAAUGGACCCUGAGUUGUGACGAGUAUAAGGAACACCUGGUGGAUCACACCUCACUGAUGCUCAAUCUCUUUGGACACGUGGCUCAGACUAAGCAGGUUCUGGCCACCCAGUACAGCUUCAGACUGCGCACACCAGAUCUUGUUAUCGCUCCUGUAUGUGAUGCUGUCUUGGGACAAGAAGUGCCAGUCAAAAUCACUUUCCAGAAUCCACUGCCUUGUGUCCUGAAGAACACUGUAUUCCGCUUUGUGGGACUUGGACUGCAGCAUGCCAGAGUUGUCAACUAUGGUGACAUUGCAGGGCAUGCCACAGUGUGCCUGACGGAGAAGUUUAUUCCCAAGUGUCAUGGCCCACAGAAACUUCUGGCUUCAUUCGAUUGUCCUCAGCUCACUCAGGUGCAUGGAUUCACCAACAUUGUUGUCAAACAGCACUGUUAAACCAAUCAAAUAACCAAAACAGAUGAAACGUCAUGGCUCCAUUGAAUAGAAAGCGCUCACACUGAAUUGAUUUGCAGAGUUAGAUAACAGCUGUUAGUUUCUCUUAACCUACAAGCUGUAAACAUUAAACUUCUCACAAUGCAUUUAAUCAUGAUGUAG